GGGGAGAAAUGUUUUGUCGAGCGCAGCACGUGUUGUAUUAGAUUCUGGAUGAAAACAUAGAAUUAACAAUCGAAUUUAUCUUUCCUAAUUGCUCUUGAAUCUAAACGGAAAGCGUCUUAUUAGGAACAAGGCCAUCUUUGGCAUUGACAGCCAAAAAAUAUGGGACUCACGAAACAAUACCUCCGCUACGUGCCGGACGGUGUUUUUAACCUGAUUGCAGACUCACGUUGCAAUGUUGUUUUUGUAACUCUGCAUGGGCAGGAGGGUCGGUUUGUGGCUGCUGGAGGUGGAGAGAGCGUUGUGGUUUGGGACUUGCGUCUCUCCGAAAAGACUGUCGUCUUGCCUGGAGAAAAGGUUUUGGUGACCCGACUUGCAGCCAGUCCCAAUGGAACUCAGCUUUCUGUCGGCUACGCUGAUGGAAACAUCAAGAUCUUUGACCUGGAGUCGGCGGAACUCAUCUGCACCCUUGCCGGCCACAGAAGUUCCAUUUCAAGUCUGAUGUACGACAACAACGGAACAAGAUUAGCUUCUGGAGCUAAAGACACGGAGGUCAUUGUGUGGGACAUAGUUGGAGAGCGAGGCUUGCAUCGACUCAGUGGUCACAAAGGGGCCAUAACCCAGGCCCUUUUCAUGUCCGACAAAGAGAUUCUCGUCACAAGUGGCAGGGAUUCCUUCAUAAAGUUUUGGGACUUGGAAACGGCUCACUGCUUCAUUACCCUCUCUGCCCAUAAAGCAGAGGUUUGGGACAUUGCCUUGCUACGAGAUGGUCGAUACUUGGUGUCGGGUGGAACAGAACCAGAACUCUUUGUGUGGGAAAUUGAGGAAAAUGCUCCUUCAAAUGAGGGGAUAUUUGCUGAAGACAAUUUAACUCCACUUCGGUGUAAAAAAGUUGGCUCGCUCUUGAGGAAUUCAUACGGACGACUGCAGGCGCUUGUGUCUGAUAAGUCGGGGCAAGUUUUGAGCAGUUUUGGUACCGACUUUAACUUGGAAGUCUUUUGGUUCUGCUCGGACGAAGAAGUUGAAAAUAAGCUGAAAAAGAAGAGAUUGAAGCAGAAGGCCAGAAGAGCAAAAUCUGCAGAAAAUGAUGAGUUGGAAAAAGAUGUGGAUGAUCAGCCUAACUUGACGGAAAAGGUCAAAAGACUCGUUACAAUUAAAUGCAGUGACAGACUGAAAUCUUGUGACUUGAUAAUGGGCAAAACUGGGGAAAUCAGAUGUUCGUGUGUCUUGGCAAGCAACAAAAUUGAGCUUUAUUCAAUUCCGUCUAAGAAAUCUCAAGAAGCCACGUUGCUGAGAACGUUAGAAAAAUGUGGUCACAGGAGUGAAGUGAAAUCGGUUUGCUUCAGCUCAGACGCUCUUGCCGUGGCCACUGCCAGUGCGGACAGCAUCAAAGUUUGGAACAGAACUUCGCAAUCUUGCCUCAGAACCAUCACCACGGGCUACGUGACUUCUCUUACAUUCGUGCCAGGAGAUCGACAUCUCUUGGCGGGGCUCAAAUCGGGAUCGAUUUUGGUGUUGGACAUCAGCACGGCUGAAAUACUGGAGGAGAUUUCUGCCCACCAAAGCGAAGUUUGGGCAGUUUGUGUCACACCCACUAAUAGAGGUUGUGUUUCGGGAAGUGGAGACAAAACUUUGAAGUUCUGGGAUUUUGAGUCUGUCACUCCAAUUAGUGAAGAGAGCAGUGCAAGCAAAGCUAAGGUUCUCUCACUUCUUCACACAAGAUCCCUGCAAUUGGAGGAAGGAGUAUUGUGUGUAGCCAUCAGCCCAAACAUGAGAUACGUUGCAGCAUCCUUGUUGGACUCGACUGUAAAAAUCUUUUUCCUGGACACUCUAAAGUUCUUUGUCAGUUUGUAUGGACACAAACUUCCAGUGCUCUGCAUGGACAUUUCGUUCGACUCGACGGUGAUCUGCACUGGAAGUGCCGACAGGAAUGUCAAAAUUUGGGGCCUUGAUUUUGGCGACUGCCACAAAUCCAUAUUUGCCCAUGACGACUCCAUCAAAGGAUUGAAAUUCGUGCCGAAAACACAUUAUUUCUUCACAUGUGGGAAAGAUGGUCGUGUCAAACAAUGGGAUGCUGAUAAUUAUGAACGGAUCCUCACUCUAGACGGCCAUCUUGGCGCGGCUCACAGCCUGGACGUCUCGAGCACUCAUGUUGUUAGUUGUGGUGGUGACCGCGUGGUCCGUGUUUUCACCAGGACUGCAGAACCAUUGGUCCUUGAAGAUGAACGAGAAGAAGAGAGACAGCAAGAAGAUGAUGCUGCAUUAGUGACGGGCCAAGAUUCAGUCGUACCUGGUCAGGCCAAUCACAGCCUGCCUUCCAAGAAAACAGUUGGAGCCGAAAGAGCCGCUGAGCAACUGAUCGAAGCUAUCCAACUGGCAGACUCGUACGGCCAAGACUUGGAAUUGUGGGAUGGCAGCGAGGCAACGAAGCCACCUCCUCCGCCUCUGAUGAUAGCUUUACAACUAGACGACCCCAACAAGUUUAUUUUGCAUGCUUUGAAAUCGAUCAAGGCCAGUGACAUCGAAGAGGCGUUACUGCUGAUUCCGUUCUCCAACGUGUGCAUGCUGCUGAACCGCAUACCUCAUUUGUUGCGGCAAAAAAAUGACGUUGAAACAGUGGCCAGAAGUUUACUGUUCCUGGUGAAAGUUCAUCACGAGCCAAUUGUGCAGACAAAAAAGCUGCUUAUGACAGUAAAAGAACUUUCAACCCUAUCCAUUGAAUCACUAAACCAAGAAAGGGAUCGAGUUGGGGUUAAUUUAUUUGGUCUGAGAGCAUAUCAGAGAAGAGUCGAGGCUGAGCAAAGCGUCCAAAUCUUCAGGGAAGCUACUUUGGUAAGAAGAGAAAAAGAAAAGAAGAGGAGGCUGAAGGAAAAGGCUAUUAAAAGAGCAGUUUUAUCAGUGUGAAAACUAUUUGAGUACAAUAAAUAAAAAAAAACAUUUCAGAAGAAAUUUAAUGUCAUUUAAAAAAAAACUUUCAUAAUCAUUAUUUGAAUCGUUAAUAUUUAUGAUGUCAAAAAUAUGCUUUGUAAUGAUUAAAGCAGCUAUGUAUUUUUCUUAUUAGUUAUUUAUGGCACCCGUAACAACGCCAGGUCACUAAAACAAACAAAAAAUGAUAAAUUUUACUGCAGCUGCUGAUGAAUGGAAGGAACGACUAUUAGAUAAUUUUUCCACCAAGCCAUUUAUUUUAAUAAAUGUUUCCACCUUUUAGUGACCUCACUAA